GAAGAAGAGACGGUAAGGUCCUGAAAGCUUGAUAUCUUUUUUUUUUAAGGCAUUUGCAGUGUUUGCAGCAAUCAUAGAAAUGCUGAGAAAGUUUAUUCGUCUCUUUAUUGAACAUUGUUGUUUUGUUUAGAUUUUGGGUUCCACUUGCAGUGCAUUCAUUGUGUAUAAUGUAGAAAGCUUUACAUGGCGCCCGCCGGUGUUGUGACGCUGUUUUGAAACGAUGCAAAAAUGUAUGCGCACACUUCCCUGUGACUUAGUGACCAGUGAUCGCUAAAUUGCUCUGUCCUAUGGCUCUUCAACAGUUCUUACUAAGGUUUCAAACAGCUGUUGAUCGACAAAAUGUAUAUAUGUGAAAUAUCGCAACAACAAAAAAUAGAUAACUAUGUUCUAUAGUGAGAGCCUGGAGCACUCAUUGUUCUGUAGGCUGCAGUAGCAAAUUCUGUGUGAAGUCAAGAGCCCUGAAAAGUUGGAUGGAUAAGAUGGAUGGGCUAUAGGUACAUUUCAAGCAGUCUCACAAUUAUGAAGUGUGAAUUAUAAUGAUCACGACACAGCUUUGCGCCAAUCAACAUAUUCCAUACAAUUUAUUGCACUGUAUUAGGUCUAUUUCUUUCCAAUUAUGUUUCAUUUUGUUGCAGGUGGUGAGGUUUGGUUAGAAUCAUACUUCACAAUCCAUCCUCAAGAAAAUGUCUGAGAAGACUCUAAUCACACCCACCUCCCACACAGCCAUUCAUUCAACAACACACAAGGACACCAUCCUCUGCAAAUUUGACAAGCUGAGAAAGCGAGAGCUUCUGUGUGACAUCACCCUUAUCGUAGAAGAUGUGCACUUCAAAGCACAUAAGGCCCUGUUGGCCGCCAGCAGUGACUACUUCUCCCUCAUGUUCACUGCUGAGGAGCAGAUCAGCCAGUCGACCUACAGGCUGGACGGCAUGGCGGCGGAGACCUUUGGAGCUGUAUUAGAGUUCAUCUACAGUGCCCAGGUAUCUGUGGAGGAGAGUGUUACCGAGCAGCUACUAGACCUGGCCAGACUCCUAGAGGUUAGUGACCUUGUGAAAGCUCACGCGGACCAUAACCUGAACAUUACCUAUCCAGGUGUAGAGGGGAGCGGCCUUAGUAACAUCACCUGUCCUGGUUUCGAGGUGAGACCAGAAGUGAACACAGACAGCGGAGAAGGUAAAGGACUGGGAGAAGGGACAUUGUCAGCGAUGCAGCCGAAACGGAAAAGGGGUCGUCCCAGGAAGAAUGAAGUGGACAUGUCGGUGAAGCCGUUGGAAGAGUCCAAUAAACAGGAAGUAAGAAGUGAUAUCAUCAAUAUCCAGGAUGCAGCCAAUGAAAAGCAGCAGGUUACAGUCGAUGGUGUCACAGUAGACUGUGUAGACCCUGAAGAAUGUCUGGUUGAGUCACAUGAUAAACUGGAUUCUCCAAUAAGAGACUCUGAUGAUGCAGACUAUGAUCCUAGAUCAGCCCGUACUAGGCGGCAGAGUAAGAGGAAGAUCAGACCGCCGGUGAAAUUUAAGGGCUACAGGGUGGGUGACCGGGAUGACACUACGUCUGAAUGCAGAGAACCAGGGAAGAGGGGCAGGAAGAGAAAAUACCCCAACACAGAGGCACGGUGUGAAGACUGUGGGAAAGUGUUCAAAAACCACCUGUUCUUAAAGAUACAUCAAAGGACUCAUACAGGUGAAAAGCCUUUCAAGUGUUUUGCGUGUGGGAAGAGUUUCACACAGAAGCACACCCUCCUGGUUCACCAGCGGAUGCACACUGGAGAGAAACCCUUCGUCUGUACCGUCUGCUCGAAAGCCCUGUCCACCAAACACUCACUAGUGGAUCACAUGAACUUACACACAGAGGAGAAAACAUUCAGCUGUGACAAAUGUGAAAAGACGUUCAGCCAGAAGAGACAACUAAAGAGCCAUCACAGGGUCCAUACGGGUAAAUCUUUACCAGAAUGUGCGCACUGUCAACGUAGGUUCAUGGAUGCAGCUCAACUGAAGAAGCACAUGAGAACUCACACAGGUGAGAAGCCUUUCACUUGUGAGAUCUGUGGAAAGUGUUUUACAGCCAAGAGCACACUGCAGACGCACAUCAGGAUUCACAGAGGAGAGAAGCCAUAUGUCUGCAACGUCUGCAACAAGUCAUUCUCUGAUGCCAGUGCCAGGCGCCGUCACGUCGCCUCCCAUACCGGAAAGAAGCCAUUUACCUGCUCCUUUUGCAACCUAUCCUUCGCUCGCCUGGACAACUUGAAGACCCACACCAAAACCCACAACAAGGAGAGCGUAGUCACCAUCACCACCGAGGAGACCCAGUGCGGGGCUGGGGUGGUGGAAGAGGAGGCUGGGGUCACCACAGGGGCAACGGAGGAGGUACGCAGCAUCCUACAGCUCCAGCAGUACCAGCUACCUGGUCACCCAGAGCAGGAGAUACAGCUGGUUGUGACUGGAGAUGUGGAUAAUCUCAACAACCUCAACUUUGUGCCCAGUCACUGUGGGCAUGAUCAGGGCAUCAGCAUUAUUACCACAACAGAGGGCGGGGUCUCUGAGGCGGCAGACCAGGCCCACUCCAGACUGACCCUCCUCACUCAGCCGUCAGGACACAUGCAAAACGUGGCCUUGGUCACGCAGGGCAGCGUGGACCAUCACAACCAGCAGAUCCAGACUAUCAGCGUGCUGCAGGACGGACACAUGACCAAUGGGGUUGGGGUCGCAGGGCAGCCUGAACAGAUGCAUGUCAUCACUCUAUCCAAGGAGGACAUGGAGCACCUUCAGGCCCACCACGGGCCGCCCCAGCCCCUGCACAUAGCACCCAGGCCUGGCUCCCUCCCUGGCCCUGGCUCUGUACAGCAGCUCCACGUCAUGCACCAGCAGCAGCAGCACCAGACCCUCUCUCAGCUGGCUGUGACCCAGGACCAGAGCACCAUACUGGGGCAGAUGAGCAGAGAGCAGCAGGGUCAGGCCCAGGCUAUCCACAUCAACAGCCAGAGCAGCCAGCCCAUCUCAAUCAGUCAGACCAGUGAACAGAUCCCAAGCCACCAUAUCCAGGGCCAGACCUUCCAGAUACAGGCUGGUACUGUCUCCUACCUCUACACCACCAGCCUAGCCCCGCCAUAGGCCCGGCACAACUGACUGAAGGACUGGAGAACCAAUCUGCCCUAACAGAACUGACUGAAUGGGCGGGAACUGUCUCCUAGCUCUACACCACCAGUCUAGCCCAGCCAUAGGCUUGAUACAUGGCCGUAGACGCCGCAAAGGAGUCAACAGCCAUGUGUCAGGACCAGCCCAGCCAUAGACUGUAUGUGCACAGCAGAAUUGACUUUGCCUUAGUUCACACUCAGGUUGGACAAUGGAUGUAAAAAUGCAUAUGUCACAAUGGUUGUAAAUUGAAUUUAGUUAGUUAUGCCAGGAUAUUGAAAUGACAGAAGUAGAGUAAAUGUGAUUCCAACUAGGUUAUUCUGUGUGACACUGACAUCUUCUGGCUGACGUGAUAUAAAAGCUCUGAGCCAAUAGCUAUUCUUUCAGGCUACAAUAAAAGGGUUAUUUCGAAGCAGAUAAAAGCUAUUAUUUGCAUGUCAAGUCACAAUGUAAAAAAAUUAAUAAAUAAUGUAAUGCAUAUUUAUAUUGUGAGGUGGAACAAAUGCAUAGUUUAUAUUAUGAAGGUAACAUACUGCCAUUUGUGGUGCUGCAAGAGCAAGGCGAGAGUGGAAAGUAUUGAUGAGGCGAGGGAUAUUGUCGGUGUCUGCGUACUACUGAAGUGCUGUGGCCCUGUGUGCUCUUUCGUUAGUUAUGGUUUUAUUCAUUUAUUUUUGGUACCCUCCUAACUGAGAGGAAUGAGGCCUGUGUGGUGUUGCACAGUUAAACCCACAUGCUGUAAGUCCUCUGCUCUACAGAAGUGUUUUAAUGGGCUGCUAAUACAGAAAUAACCGUUGUACAUGUAUUUUUUUCUCCUCUUUACUGCUUUAAGGCUUUUGUAUGCCAUUGUUUACCACUUCAGUGUCCUUAAAUCUGUGGUUUUGAAGCAUAUAAAACAUUUUGUUUCACUCUAUUAAAUAUCACACAAUACUUUA